AUGACUACUACAACCACAUAUAAGAAAGACCUCAAUAUUUUACUAAACAAAUGCCAAUCAUAUUCAAUACUAUCGACUGCAGAUGAAUUCUCAGCUCAAAAUAUACGAGAUCCAAAAUCAAUUGAAGAUCAAAUAAAUAUACAAAAACAAAACUUCAAAAGAUUAAAAUUAAAUUAUAUUGAACAACAAAGUCAAGAAAAGUUCCUACAUAAAAUCACCGUUUUGAAUUAUGAAAAGUUGAUGAACUUCAAUGAUACGAUUAAUGAAGAAUUACGAAAUGAAAAUAAUAAUUUGAAAUUACGAUUGAAAAAUUUAAAACUUGAAAUGGAAAAUAAAGUAUAUGAAUUGAAAGCAGAAGUUGAGGAUGUGAAAGUACUUUUGGAAUCAAUUAAUGCAAAGCAAAACAGUGUAAAACUGACUAUAGAAGAGUUGGAAGAAAUAGAGAAAGAGUUUGAAAAUUUAGUAAAUGAAGAGGAACAAGAUCCAGAGUAUAAAGAAUUCGUAGAUUAUAUAAUAGGUGAUGAUGAAUUUCGAAUUGAUACGAAUAUUGGGACUUCAACUUCGCAAAUUAACAGUCAAGCCAAAGAGAUUGUUGAGAAUGAGUCAAAUGAAAUGGACCAAAUAAUUGGUGACAAAGAAAAAAAAAUUAGAGAAUUACAGACCAAGAUAGAGAUUAUACAAAAGGACUUACAAGAGAAAGAAAAACUCCUUGAUGAAUCUCAAUUGUAUAAUAAUAACAAUAGUAGUGAGCUUGAUAGCAUAAGUAAAGAUAAUAAUUAUAUUUUAUGGUGUGAAGAUAUGAUUAAAAUUUUAACUAAAUUAGGAAGUUCAUGA